UUCUACUGCUCUUAAUGUUCAUCAUGAAGUCUGCAGAGGAGAAACAUGGACACCCAACACCGAGGGUUAUAAUACCACACAAAGAUGGAUCAUUUCUCACUUCAAACUCAGGAGUAAAGGAUUUAAUGAAGUUGAUUAAGGACCCCGUCAGCACAAACCUGUAUGCAGUGGGUCCUCAGGGUCUGUACGUCUUCCAGCCUGGAGAUAAAGCACCACAGUUACAGCUGGUACGGCUGCCGUUAUAUAAGAACGUUUGUCCCGUCAGUUCUCCUGACUGUAGGUUUAAUAUCUCUCUGCUGACGGAGGGGACGAACGGAACGUCACUGUUCAUCUGUGUCACCACGGGGGACCAAACAAACUGCUGUAACAUGAACUCAGAAUUGUCUCCUGAGAAGUGUUUCGAUCUGCCGUAUUUAGUGCAAAUCAAAGAUCCCUGCCUAAAAAUCGGUGAGCAGCUGUACCUCACAGUCUCUCAUAAUGACCAGUCUACAGUUCAGGGUCUCUACAGGUGUAGCCCAGGAGGUUGUACCAGACCAUCAGCAAACCACAUAGAGCAGAAACAUGUAAAAAUUAUAGCGGAUAAAGGCAGUAAAUCAGAUGGAAAACUUUAUACCUUCUACAAUGAACACAACACUAACCCGGACCCGGACACGCCCCGCUGGAUCCCCAGAAUCUCUCAGAUCUGUAUGGCUGAUCGAGGCGGCACUAAAGCCAAGCUGCAGUUCAGCUGGACGUCCCUGCUGACCGCUCGUCUGUUCUGUGGAAACAAGGAGGAGCGGCUGGUCUACACCGAGCUGCUGGACGUGGACGUGCUGGAGGCCGAGCCCUGGAGUAACACCCUGAUUUACGCCCUCUUCAAAAACGCCUAUGAUCUCAGAGCCGUGUGUGUGUAUAAGAUGUCCGACAUCAUUCAUGUUUUCUCAAGCAACAAAUUUACUGAGAGCAGAGAGGAAUUUUCUUCUCCACGUCCUGGAGAGUGUGUUCCAGACAGUCAGAAGUUACCCCCCAAAAUCCUGAACCUGAUGGAGACACGCCCGGUGAUGCAGGACUGGAUAGAGCAGGAUGGAGAAGCUCUGCUGCUCAGCCAUCAUCUCUACAGUCAUCUUCAGGUGAACCAGGUCCAGGGGAGCGGGAACGGUCGUCAGAACGUCCUGCUGAUGGGCCUCGAAAGCGGCCAGAUUCAUAAGAUCCUGGAGCAGGAUGGAUUUAUCAUCUCAGAGUAUCAAGCGUUUAAAAACAAAACCAUCAUUACUAGCAUGAAGCUGGACAGAUCAACAGGGGCGCUGUUUGUGAGCUCCAGCAGUAACGUGGCUCAGAUCGACCUGCAGAACUGCAGCGUGUAUAAGAACCAGUGUUCGGACUGUGUGUUCGCCAGAGACCCUUACUGCAGGUGGAACCAGGAUGGGUGUUCCUCAGACGGAAACUCGAGUCAAGAUACGAAAGAGACAGUUUGUGCAAGAGGUAGCCCCAAAACCAGUCAGCUGAAAACAUCUCGAAGUUCUCUUAAGGUCCCACGAGACUCAAAGUACUACCUUAAAUGCCCCAAGAGUUCCAGGCACGCCGCGUACUCCUGGUACCACGACAGCGAGGCGAGGGAGUGCGAGUCCACCGAACAGGACUGCCUGCUGCUGAUAGACGGGAUGAGAAAAGCGGACGAGGGUUGGUACGAAUGUAAAUCCACGGAGGACGGGUACACCGCCACGAUCGAACAGCUCAGGCUAGAAAUGGGGAGAAACGGCGCAUCACAGCGAAGUGCGGCGGCGGUAGUGUUAGCGCCUCUUCUGAUCAUGAGUUGGUUGAUCUGCUAGUGCUGUCGGGACUGAAGUAACGGGGACCAAUAAGACAUCAUAUAGAAGUACAGACCGCUUCUUUUCACCUGCACCAUGGUUCAUAUGGAGUCACGCACUGAUCUCUAUUAUCCCCCGCCUCUGUGCAGCGCCAUCGAUCAGCCAGCAGAGGGAGUAACUGCAGCAGUUAUGAGAAAUCCCCUCCGCCGGAGUUACACCCUCCUCAUAACUGCAGCAGUUACGCCCUCUGCUGGCUGAUCGAUGGUGCUGCACAGAGACCCUUGGACCAUCAGAACCUGGUCAAUCACUGUCUGUGUUUCUGUAGGAACCGGGUCUGGUAUGAGGACCAGAUUAUGUCGUGGCGACGCCUAAAGUAUUUUAUUAUUUUAUUGUAUUUAUUUUAUAAGGAUUUUAAUGUUCAUCAGUUUAAACACAGUCAUGAACUAUUUAGUGUCUCCAGUUCACCUCACUUACACGCCUCUGUACUGUGGGAGGAAACUGGAGUUCCCGGAGGAAACCCACGAAGACAUGGGCAGAACAUGCAAACUCCUGUGAGCCACCAUGCACUGUGAUGUUUGAGCACCAGCACUUUUCCUUACACAGAAAUCUGAUAAUUUAUUGUUUUUAACUCUUUAUAAUAUCAGUAUUUUUAAAAUCUGUACCUGUAUUAUAAAAUCAAAUGAAUGUUUUAUUCUACAACCCCAGAAAAAGUUGGGACAGGAUGGAAAAUGCUAAUAACAUUAAAAAAAAAAAAAAAGUUUCUUACACUGACAUUGACUGACAGAGUAAGAAACUCUGUUUUUAUUAUUUGCUUUUUCCAUA